AUGGCUCCUUGCUGGCGCACGCUGCUGCUGCUGGCGUGUGCGCUGGUGCUGCUGGGCGGGGGUCCCGGCGCCGCCGGCCCCGCUCAACCCACCUACCCUGGGGACGACGCGACCCUCGAGGAGCUCGAGCGCUUCUACCAGGACCUGCAGCAGUACCUCAAUGUGGUGACGCGGCACCGGUAUGGGAAGCGCUCCGGCGGUCGGGCGCUGUACGAGGAGCUCUUCGGCACCGCGGGGUGCUGAGCCUCAGGGACAGUGCGGGGCCAGCGAGUGAAGAGGAGCCUGGCAGGAACAGCACCCCCCAACAGUACCCGCAGCAGCACCCACCUACAGC